UAAAGGGAGGGGCUUGAACGGGGUAUUCGGUGUGGUUUUAACAUUGAGUGUAGUAGAGGAUCAACUGCAGACUGGCUCCCCUUCCUCUCCUCUCAACCAAACUCCAGAGCUCUACUUUUAUCCCGUUAAAGAUCCACAGAGCACCAUCAUGGAGGACAUGGACUUUGAGCGGCGCCGGGAGCUGAGGAGGCAGAAGCGGGAGGAGAUGCGCCUGGAGGCUGAACGCAUGCUCAGGAACGAUGACGACGAGGAGGAGGCGGCCCGGGAGAGGAGGCGCAGGGCACGUCAGGAGAGGCUGAGGAACCGGGAGAGCGAGGAGCCCAGCAGCCAGCCGGACGGCGCCGUCUUGACCAACAGCCACAGCGUGACAGAGUCCGUCUCUGUGAGCAGCUCCUACGGCGGCGGCGGGGAUGACGAGGAGCUGGCCUUGCAGGAGCGCAUGGCCAAGCGCGAGGAGAGGCGGCAAAGGCGCAUGAAGGAGGCGCUGGAGAGGCAGAAGCAGCUGGAACCCGCUGGCGACGGCGUCAGCCAGGAGAAGAACAGCACAGAGGAGGAACGGCAACCCUGGCGCAGCCGCCGCUACCGUGACACCGUGGAGGACGAGGAGAAGACUGAGAGCAGCAGCUCGAGGCGGGAGGAGAAAGAGCAAGAGGAACCUAGAGAGGAGGAAGAGGAGCCUGCUCCUGAGAGGGAGGAAGAGGAGUUAGAGGAGGAGGAGGAGGAGAAAGUUGAAGUUGUGGAAACCAAACCAAGAAAGUCUAAUCUGAGAGAACAGGCAUCAGCAGAGGAGAGUGUAAUGCAACACAAGGAUCUCAAUGAAGACGAAACCCAUUCGGUAGUCGGUGAGAGUUCAAGUCAGGCCAAGUCAGCAAACUCCGAGGCUGAGGAGGAUUCAGUAGCAUCAGGGGAGGAUGAAGAGGUACCUGAGGAUGAUUAUGUAGAUAUCCCAACAGAGAGCAAGAGUUUAUUACUAAAUGACAUUGAAGAGGACUUUGAGGUAUCUGAUAUACAGCAAUCAGAGGAUAAUGAGCAGGUGAACGAGAGAGAAGAGUCUGAGGAGGAUCAGAGGAAGCAUAACGGAGGACUGCAUGAUGAGGCGGCUCCCAAACAGCACAGGAAACCCGAGAGGACCCUCAGCCGCGGCAGCGUCCGUUCCCCCGAGGUGUCCGCCAGCGACGAGCAGGACGACGACGCCCGCCUAGAGGCAGAGCGCAAGCUGGAGGAGCUGAAGCGCAGGCGCGAUGACGCCGAGAGCGAGGAGUUCGAGAGGAUGAGGCAGAAGCAGCAGGAGGCCGAAGCCGAGCUGGAGGAGCUGAAGAGGAAGCGGGAGGAGAGGAGGAAGGUGCUGGAGGAGGAGGAGAGGCAGCGGAAGCAGGAGGAGGCCGAACGUAAAGCCAGAGAGGAGGAGGAGAAGAGGAAGAUGAAAGAGGAGAUUGAAAGGAGACGGGCCGAGGCUGCGGAGAAGAGGCAGAAGGUGGACGACACCGUGGACGGGGAGGGGAAACCGUUCAAGUGCGUCAGUCCUCGAGGCUCUUCUCUCAAGAUUGGAGAAAGAGCAGAAUUCCUGAACAAGUCGGCACAGAAAAGCUCUGUGAAGGCGUCUCAUUCUCCUGUGGUGUCCAAGAUAGACAACCGGCUGGAGCAGUACACCUCAGCCGCUCAGCGAGAGAACAAGGAGUCCAAAUCCCCUCGCUCCACCGUGUUGGAUCUUCCCAUGGUCACUGACGUACGAAACAUUAAGAGCAUGUGGGAGAAAGGCAACGUGUUCAGCUCACCUGGAAGUGCUGGAAGCACUUUUAAGGAAGCAGCUGUUAUAAAGACGGGCGUGGCGGGCCGCAUCAACGACUGGCUGAAUAAAACCCCAGAGAGCGGCAAGACGUCAGGAGGAAGGCCAACGGACCUGAAACCCGUUGAUGUCACCAACAAGAGGAGUCUAUGGGAAAACAAAGGCGCCACUCCGACAAAGAUGGCAGGCAGAGGAGAGACCAAAUCAGUCGCUAACGGUAUGGGAUACUAAUGUCUUAAAGGAGCCACUAAAGCUGGGGACCACGACAAUCCAAGAUUCUACCUUUUGAACAAUUUUUUUUUUCCUAAGAACCAAAUGACGACCAGAUCCCUACGAAGAGU